UUAUCAUACUUUUAGAGUUGAAAAAUAUUGUUAGUAUACCUAUACACUUUUAUACAUGGGAUAGUUUUGCUAGUUCAACCGCCAGCUCGGUUGCUGACAUUCUUGCCUCCUUGGAUUUUUUGGUUAUUUUCUUGGGCUCUCGCGCUUUUUUCCUCAGUACAUAUCAGUGAUCGUGUUCGCUUUAGCUCCCACGUGUGCAGCUCUCUCAGCUCCCAUCUCACGGUCUCUCACGCCAGUCACCACAAUUCGUUCAAAGUGGUAACAUCAGAGCAUUCGAUUGUAUAGUGGGCUCCGAACCAUCACAUCGAGUUGGUGCGUUAAGUUAUUGUGCCUAGCUGCAUCAUCAACUGUUGUGUUUUUCCGAAGAGGACGAUGUCACGACUAGCAGCCCAGAUCGCGAAAUGCGUCACGAGAUCGGCAAAGCUACUUGGCCAUCACGAAACUACCAGUUCCGUAUCUACCCGAAUAACGUCGAACUUUCUUGCGCGAAAUUUCUUCAGCACCCACUGCUGCUUGCAUGCCGGUGAGAGGAGGUACACCGAUAAGCACGAGUGGGUGACGGUCAGCAGUAACAUUGGUACGGUAGGAAUUUCCGACUACGCCCAAGAUGCGCUUGGUGACGUUGUUUAUGCACAAUUACCAGACGUGGGGACACUCAUCAAAAAAGAUGAGGAGUGCGGCGCCCUGGAGUCGGUGAAAGCAGCCUCGGAAGUCAUGAGCCCGUGCAGCGGCAAGGUGGUGGAGAAAAACAAGGCCGCGGAGGACAAGCCAGGCCUCAUAAACUCGUCCUGCUACGACGAGGGCUGGCUCUUCAAGGUCGAGCUCAGCGAGCCCAAGGAGGUCGAGAGCCUCAUGGACGAGGACGCCUACAACGAGUUCCUCAAGACCGAUCCGCACUAACUGCCAGGGAUGCGUUGCUGCUAGUUAAUAUUAUACAUAUAAAUACUUGUAGUCCAACAUCCGGGGAAUCGUAUACGUAUAUACUUACUCAGCUGUGUGGUAGAGAAAAACCACAUUGCACGCAGCCAAACAUAUUUGUAGCGUACGGACAAUAUUGCAUGGGAUGUGCCUAAUCGUGCCAUCACGAGUCCAAAGAAAUACUCACGUAGGGUGAAUAUAAACAAAAAAAAAUAAAGUUCUAAAGAUCGUUUGAGCGCAUGCAAAAUGUUUCAGUUGUGUAACUCAUAAUGUAAAAGCUAUAUAUUAUUUGUCUCGUCUCGUGUAUCGAUUAUAUAUAUAUACAUCUUGAUGUAAAAAAAAAAAAGAUAUACUUUGUAAGUUUUGAGAUACGGAAAAAAGUAAAAUAUAUGUAUAUAUACUUAGUUGUGUUUCCAAUCGUGUGUGUACAAUAUGCGCAUGCGUUUAUUUAUAUUAAAACAUUGUUGUAUUUUUCGAAAAA